UAAAAUCAAGAAUCGAAAACUCGGAAUCUAAUUCAAAAUGGCGGCUUCCAUGGGAUUUGCCGCAUCCUCUCGAUUAAUUUUAAAAUCAAUGCGUCCUUUAAUGCAGCUGAGUAAACCUACUCCAAGAUGGUGUGCUGUACGGAACAUCACCAGGAGCAACUUCUUGUCAGGAGUCGAAGGAACUAAGCUGCUGAUGCCUGCGCUAUCACCUACCAUGGAGGAAGGAACAAUUCUUAAAUGGCUCAAACAGGAAGGUGAUGCGAUAUCAGCUGGGGAUGCGUUGUGUGAGAUAGAAACAGACAAAGCAACUCUAACACUGGAUGCAGAUGAUGACGCAGUGCUUGCCAAGAUACUGGUCCCAGAAGGCACAUCCGGGGUAAAGAUCAGCUCUUUGAUUGCCCUGCUUGUACCAGAGGGGGAGGAUUACAAGGCUGUUGAAAUACCAGCGGAUGCUGCUGCACCAUCCCCACCAGCAGCAGAUGUGGUUUCUGAUGGGCAAAUCCAGGGUGUAUCUGAUACAACACAGUUUUCAAGCAUGCGACAUGCAGUGGGGAAGGACAGCGGUGUUUUGUCACCGGCAGUUAGACAGCUCCUGGACACGCAUCAUCUCAGCGCUACAGACAUCUCACCUAGCGGACCUCACGGACGGCUACUCAAAGGCGAUGUUCUUCAGUUCAUUCAGGAAGGCGGAGCGAAGAAACAUCCCACCGUUGAAGCAGCUGUGCCAGAACCCACCCCACUACCCGUGACACAAACACAGGCAACAGCCCCUCCACCAGCAUUUGUGCCACCUACUACAGACAUUCAGCAACAGGCCACCUAUACAGACAUCGAACUGACCAACAUCAGAAAAGUGAUCGCUAAGAGAUUGACAGAAUCAAAAAGGACUACACCGCACAGCUAUGCCAGUACUGACUGCAACAUGGACCGAAUCAUGAACAUAAGGAAAGAUCUCAAGAAAGAAGGCAUUAAAGUGUCUGUCAAUGACUUCAUUAUCAAGGCAGCCGCUGUGGCACUCAAGGAACUACCGGAUGUCAAUGCCUCAUGGUCGGGUAAAGAAGCUCAGAGAAUCUCAGAUAUUGACAUAUCAGUUGCCGUGGCAACAGACAAAGGUCUAAUCACCCCUAUCGUCAAGAAUGCCAUCGGCAAAGGACUGGUUGAAAUCUCGGAGAAUGUGAAGGAUCUGGCAGCCAGGGCAAGAGAAGGCAAACUGCAACUGCAUGAGUUCCAAGGUGGAUCAUUCAGUAUUUCCAAUCUGGGCAUGUUUGGCAUCAGCGAAUUCAGCGCCGUCAUCAACCCACCCCAAGCCUGCAUCCUCGCGAUUGGCUCAGCCAGAAUGACUCUCAGCCAAUCGCUAAAGCCACAGGCGAUGACCACCGUCAUGAUGUCCAGCGACAGCCGUGUGGUGGACGACGCGCUGGCGGCGACGUUCCUGCAGUCGUUUAAGAAGAACAUGGAAAACCCUCUCAGAUUGGGAAUUUUAUGAUCAAACACACUUAUAAUAAGAGAAGAUUUAUUUAAUUUUAGUCCUUGAAUCGCCCCACACUGCCGUGCCUAUUGGUAAACCCUAGUCUCAUUAGUGUGCCUCAGCUACUGGAUGUCCACUGUAUUGUAAGCCAUAUAGGAAAUUUUCGGGCUAAAUUUUAAAAUAAGUUUGUCCAAAGUAACUGCAGGAUUUUUACAGGAUAAUUAGACUUCUAGAGGUAGGAAUUUGAUUUUUCCUGCUUUUGAACCUGGUAUUCAUAGUGAAUAUCAAGUGGAAAAACAGUCUAGAUUUCAAAUUCAGGAUAAACAAGUUUUCUGGGAAUUUUUCAUGCAGCGCUGUUUUGCUCACAAUACGGAGGAGUCCAGUAUUUAACCAGUUGGCAUCGGAUGACGUGUUUACACGCAAAGGUUUUGCGGUAUUUAGACGGUAACAAGCAACAA